AUGCCACGUAAGCUACGUAAGAAUAUACGUAAGAGGAAGGGAGCAUUGAAACAUCCAAUAGUAAAACUGACACCACAACAAAAGUUGCAACAACAAAUGAUGAAUGACCCCACUAUGUUGCAACAAAUGUCAAGCAACCCUAUGCUUUUAAACCGAGUUAUUGGUGCACAGAGUGGAGGUUUAAGAGCGGCACUUUUAGCGAAAAUGGCAGGCUAUGGUGGAGCUGCAGACGGAACAGCUUAUAACCCUCAAAGUCAAAUGAAUUUGAGUUCACUCAAAAAUCAAAUAGCAGAUGUCAAAAAGUCAAACAUAGACAUACAGAAACAAAUAAGUGAAAACGAAAAGAAACUAGAAUAUGACAGACACACAAAGAAACUCAAUGAGUUAAACGUAGAGAAAAAGAAGAAAGAAGAACAACUGAAAGAACUAAGUACAGAGGAAUAUGCAAAAAAAGUGUCAGAAAAAGCAGCAGAAGUAGCAAAAAUGGAACAAGAUGUUAUAAAUUUGAAAAACCAUACUACUCAAUAUAAAGUACUGAAAGAUGAAGAGAUAAAACAAAAAGUCCUGAAGACAUAUAUGGAUAGCGAUGAGUAUAAAAAAGAAGUUGAAGCAAAUGUAAAGACAGAAAAACUUUUACAGUUGCAAAACCAAACCGUACAGUAUGAAAACUUAGCACAAGAAAGUAAAAAUAACGACGCAGCCAUGCAAAAGGCAAUGAAAAGCGCAGAAUAUAUAAAAGCUAAUAAUGACUGGUUAGAUGCCCAAGCCAACGCUAAAGCAGCCCAACUUAUAGGGUCAAUAAGGACAAAAAUACAAGCGGAUGAAGACAGUUCAAAUGAAGCUUUAAUGAAUGCUGACUUUAAGAAUGCCUUCGAAGCUCUUCAUAGUAAGGUGAAACUAGUGAACGACUUCUCAUCUGGAAAGAAACUGAAGUCUGAAGGUUUCGACAAAGAGUUAAGAGAAGUAGCACAAAAUAUGACGAAAAUAACAGAUGCAGCAACGAGACAGGCAGUUCAAAGUGCCUAUGACGCCGUUAGAGCAACUGUUGUGGAAAGUCAAGAAAAAGAGUUACAACAGACCAAAACAGACCUAGUAAAUGCUUUCUUAAAAACGAAAAGUCAGGUAGGACAUUAUGCUGCAGAUGGAACAUAUGUGCCAGCUGGUGGAACUUAUAUACCACCAAACCCUCCAAGAGAAGCACCUGCACCAGGACUACCUAAAACAUUUACAUCGUCACAUGGACACAGACACAGGCAUGCACCAAAACCAACAGUUCAAAAUCCAGCACCACAACAACAACCAAAACCAACAGUUCAAAACCCUGCACAGCAACCAACAGUUCAAAA